AUGCCAGAAAAGCGCAAGCAUGAAGAGAUGAUUGAGCUGGACCUGGUUGUGGCCACUCGCGACAACACUGCAAAGCUCGGGUACUUUGUGGAUGACACAGUAGUGAACCCAGGCUUGGGCAUACCAUUCUACAAGACGGUUUUAGAAGGAGCGAACUACGAGGAAGCUGAUUGGAAGGAUCAAGCUUGCGUGCGCACCUCUCAAAUCCAUUGGCGCGAGGACCACAGCGUCUCCUGGCUGGAACGGCACAUGGAGAUGACUCAGGGCUUCAUCGUUCUUGGGAAGAAUCCUGGCUUGUUCGUGCUGGGAGAGCCUACCCAUGACCGUGAGGAUCUUGAUGAGAAGAAUCGAAAAUUGCCCGAUCCAAAACGCACCAAGGCCUACAUCAUACCAGCAGGGAUGGGCCUGAUUUUGAAGAAGGGCACUUGGCACGACUUUCCAGUGUCAUGUGGUCCGCCAGUGUCUGCUUUCAUUUUGAACACAGAAGAGGUCGUUGAAGCUUUGGCAUCCAUGCCACAGGCUGGUCCUAUGAACCAUGGCGACUGCUUCAAGCUGCAUUUGGAUGAUCACUGGGACUUCAAGCUCAAGUUCCCGGAUCCGCGACCAUUUGUUCAAAAGCAUGGAUUGGUCCCUGGCCCUGUUUCUAUGCCCCUCAUGGGGAAGGAAGGCUAUGGCCAGGUAAAGAUGGCCAGGUCGAAAUUGGAGGAUGAGGUCCUGUCCCUGACCAACGCCUUCCGCACGAAAGAGGGUCAAAAACCUCUUCAGAUGCACGAGGCCUUGAGCUCCGUGGCGAGAAAGCAUGCGGCUGCUAUGGCCGAUGGCGCGCAAGCCUUCAGUCAUGAUGGUGCACCUGAACGUUUUCAGGACUCAGGCCUGGUUUGCCACAAUUUCGCCGAGAAUUUAUCAGUGUCUACCGGCUUCGCUCGUGAGGUGAUGGCCCAAACCACGGUAGAUGGAUGGAUAGCAUCCGAUGGGCAUCGCAGAAAUCUUUUGGGACCUUUUAAUGUCUGUGGCAUAGGCUGGUCGGCAAAUGACAAUUGUCAGCUCUAUAUUACUCAACUCCUGGCACUGGUGGACCUGGACGGAGAGGAUCCGCUUCUCUCCUCAAAGGUACUCUGUGAUCUCGCGUUGAGGUGCAUAGACUCCACACCUGCAGUGUGCGCAGUUGCAGGUCUUGCUCUUGCUGGCUCUGCUGGUGCUGUUGCUGGCACUAUCUUGGGUGGAGCGGCCAGCGUUCAGUGGGGUGUGAGGCCUUCGACCAUUCCAUGUGCAAUGCUUGCACGAGCCAAGCGAGAGGUUUGCCCCGCGCGUUGUGCAAGCUGCGGUGCUGCUGGAGAGAUUUUGUUGAACAAACAAGAUCGUUCGCUGCUGUGCAUUCGUGUCAAAGCAGGAUGGGCUGGAGGCAAGAAGGUCCACGUCAUUCCAGUUGUGAACGUGGAGGUUUUUGUGCCUGGGUGUGGUGGACCUUCAAUCCAACCUCACCUCCAGUCUGUUCCAGAGCUUGCCAACAGAGGAUGGCGAGACUAUGGUAAUCGUCGGGGCUUGCAGCGUUUGGCAAACAUGUUCAAGGCACUGCAGAUUCCAGCUACGGCAGUCAUCAACAGUGAGGCUGCAAAACUUGACUACGUUGCGAAG